AUGGCGUUUAAUACUUACAGCACCGCCAGUUCAGAUAUAUCAACGCCUCGCUCGUCUUCUCCUUCCUCAUUCUCUAUCGCGUCUGCGCGCUCCUCUCAUACUUCCGUCUCUAGUAAACGUCUGUCCUUAUCUCUGCAACGGAGGCAGUCUGCGCUUAACCCAAUGUCCUCGGUCGAUAUAUCUGCAAUUGAAGAACAGAUGAAAAUGGCUGCUCUAGACGGUCUUCGAGGUUACGCACAAAACCACUACGGCGAGGUUCAACAGUACCGAAGCACGGAUUACGUCCCGCAGUCCGCCGCUGGUGGUUACCAAAUAUUACGGGAGCCUCUGUGGAACAAAGGACUCUCUUUUACCCCAGAUGAGCGUGUCUCUAAGAACCUCACAGGUCUAAUGCCGCACGCCAUGGAAAACGUUGAGACUCAAGUCGCCAGGUGUAUGAAGGUGAUCAACUCUAGGCAGACCAACGUCGACAAGUACUUGUACCUGUCGCAUCUCAAGACUCAAAACUUGGAUCUGUUCUACAGGGUACUUAUCGACAAUGUCCGUGACCUAAUGCCGCUAGUCUACACUCCCACUAUCGGUGAUGUGUGUCUACAAUACUCUACGCUUUACACUCAUCCGGAGGCGUUGUACAUAUCGAUCAAGCAGCGCCGGUCAAUCAGGACAAUCCUGCGUAACUGGCCUUAUCCGGACCCCGAAAUCUGCGUGGUAACGGACGGAUCCCGCAUUUUGGGGUUGGGUGAUCUCGGUAUGAAUGGUGUGGGGAUCUCCAUCGGCAAGCUGGCUUUGUACACCGGUGCCGCCGGUAUCCACCCCGGAAAGACUCUACCAAUCGUACUAGACACCGGUACCAACAAUGAAACUAACCUGAAGGACCCCCUGUACCUGGGUCUCCGGGCUAGACGUCCUUCGCCGGCUGUUGCCCAGGAGUUCAUGGAUGAAUUCAUGGAGGCUGCCGCCGAGGUCUUCCCCAACAUGCUCGUUCAGUUCGAAGACUUCGAGACUGAGAAGGCUUUCAACUACUUGGCUCGUUACCGUAACAAGUACAAGUGCUUCAACGAUGACAUCCAGGGAACUGGUGCCGUCGUAUUAGCUGGUUACAUUGGCGCUGUGAACCUAUCCGGUGUUCCCAUUGAGGAGCAGCGCUUAGUAUUCAUGGGUGCUGGCUCAGCCGGUGUUGGUGUCGCAAAGCAGAUGGUUGAGUACUACACCCGUCGCGGUCUCUCAGAACAAGCUGCGAAAGAGAAGUUCUACCUUGUUGACACCAAGGGCCUGGUUACCGCAGACCGAGGUGACAAGUUGGCGGACCACAAGAAGUACUUUGCCCGGUCGGAUAACAACGGCCACCAAUUCCGCACACUCGAGGAAGUAAUCGAGUAUGUGAGGCCGUCUGCCCUCGUUGGUCUUACGGCAACUUUCGGUGUUUUUACCGAGUCAGUCGUUCGUGCCCUCAAGGCUUCGGUUGACUCUGGUGGCUCCGGAAGGCGACCCAUCCUUUUCCCUCUUAGCAACCCUCUUACCAAGGCUGAAUGCACAUUUGAGCAAGCAGUCCAGUGGACAGAUGGUACCGUUAUCUUCGCAUCUGGUUCUCCAUUUGCGCCGUUUGCCGUUAAGUCCGGUGACCACGCUGUAACCUACUGGCCGAACCAGGGUAACAACGUCUACGUGUUCCCUGGUCUAGGUCUCGGUGCUAUCCUCGCCAAAGCGUCAAAGAUCACCGACGAGAUGGUCUAUAUCUCGGCUUCUUCGUUAUCUGAGUCUCUAAAUGCCGAAGAGGUUCACAAGGGUUUGAUCUACCCCCACAUCGAGCGUGUCAGGGAUGCCAGCGUCGUCGUCGCCCGGGAGGUGAUGAAGGCUGCCCGCAGAGAAGGUGUUAGCACUCUACCCGAAGAACAGUGGGUCGAAUGGGAAGAAUGGGGUGACGUCGCUCUAACGAAGUACAUCAAGGAGAGGAUCUACGAUCCCCUCAAGUAA